AUGUCCAAGGAAGAGCGGCCACAGCCGCAGCGGCAAACGACAAUGAACCCUGCCCACAACGAGGCUAACACAAGCAUACCAGUCACGCCCGGCAUCACCGAUGCCGCCUACAUCGACCAGAACCCCUUCUCAAAGGACUUCAGCGAGUCGUUACCGGCGUUCGAUGCUUCCGCAGGCACGAGUGGCCCGCAAUGGAACUCCAACGGGCCACCCGAUGGCGGAUCGGGCGACGACCUGCUCCGUAGCAUGAGUGAUUCCACUCGCGCCCAGUAUCCCGACCUUGCCGAUGUCGACCCCAGAAGCACCCAUCCCGGCCUGAACCUCAGUGGCCACAUUAUUAGUGCGACGUUCUGUGUACCAUACAAGAUCGCCUAUGCACCCGGUGCCGAAUGGGAGCUCCACUCUCGGAGAGGUACUUCUGCAUUGUUCGAUUCGUUCUCCUACCUUGCCUCGACCGAGUCACCAUGGAAUCACACUCUCGUCGGCUGGACAGGUGAAAUUAACCUCGCGCCACCCAAGAACAGUGCGAUGUCGAAUGGUGUGGCAAACUCAUCACUCCACGCGCAUCCGAUCAACAAAGCGUCGGCACCCAUCCCGCUUGACACGAAGCACUCACCAAAAGAUCAGCAGGAGCCCACGGAGCUUCGCAUUCCUCCAGAGGAGCGUAGGCGCUUGGAGGUGCAGCUUGAGCGUGACCACGGCGGUCGAGUGUGUCCGGUUUGGCUGCCUGAUUCCGUAGAUGAUGACGAGGUCUUCACGCUGAAGAACCAGCAACAAUGGAGACGGUACGCCGAACAUGAGCUCUUCACACUGUUUCACUACAAGACAAACGAACCCGCAGAUGGUCGCGCACUUCGCAAGGCCUGGGCAGACUACUACCGCUUGAACACGGCAUUCGCGGACGCCAUCAUGAGCGUGUUCAAGCCGGGCGAUAUCGUCCUAGUGCACGACUACCAUCUGUUGCUCCUGCCAAACAUGCUCCGCCAGAGAGUGUCCACAAUAUACGUGGGCUUCUUCUUGCACGUCCCAUUCCCCAGUAGCGAGUACUACCGCUGCCUGACGCGGAGAAAGGAGGUGCUCGAAGGCAUGCUCGGCGCCAACAUGAUCGGUUUCCAGGCCUACGCAUACUCACGCCACUUCUCUUCGUGCUGUACCCGUAUACUAGGCUUCGACUCGUCCUCCGCUGGCGUUGACGCCUUCGGCACGCAUAUUGCUGUGGACGUCUUUCCGAUUGGCAUCAACGCGGGCUCUGCACUGCUGUCAGCGUUCGAGUCACCAGAGGUUGAGAAGAAAGUGAAGGCGCUGAAGGAGUUGUAUGCCGGCAAGCUGAUCAUAGUUGGUCGCGACCGCCUAGACUCUGUCAGAGGCGUCGCGCAGAAGCUGCAAGCAUUUGAGAUUUUCCUCGAGAGACAUCCAGCGAUGCGCGACAAGGUAGUGCUGAUCCAAGUCACAAGUCCAACUAGUAUCGAAGACCAAUCAGAUGGGAUCGACAAGACGGCGAACAAGAUUUCUGACCUCGUUUCUCGGAUCAACGGCGAAUACGGCUCGCUCAGCUUCACGCCAGUUCAGCACUACCCGCAGUAUCUUCCGAAGGAGGAGUACUUCGCGCUGCUACGCAUUGCCGAUUUAGGUUUGAUCACGAGCGUUCGUGAUGGUAUGAACACUACCGCGCUCGAAUACGUAGUAUGCCAGCGUGACAAUCACGGUCCACUCAUCAUCUCCGAGUUCUCAGGCACCGCCGGAAGCCUCGGUGACGCACUCCACAUCAACCCAUGGGACCUUAGCGGCACAGCGGACGCCAUCAACAUCGCCCUCACUAUGACAGACGAAGAAAAGCGCGUUGCUCACGCCCAGCUGUACAACCAAGUCACGCGUAAUACCGUGCAGGCUUGGACUUCCAACUACCUCAAGCGCCUUCUCACCAAUCUCUCCUCCUUCGAUCAAUCCUCCGCCACACCACUCCUCGAUCGCGCCAAACUCCUCCAGCAAUACCGCAACUCCUCUCGGCGCCUCUUCAUGUUCGACUACGACGGCACCCUCACCCCAAUCGUGAAAGACCCACAAGCAGCCAUCCCCUCCGACCGCGUCAUCCGCACCCUCAAAGCCCUCGCCUCCGACCCCAACAACGCCGUCUGGAUCAUCUCCGGCCGCGACCAGGCCUUCCUCGACGAGUGGAUGGGCCACAUACCCGAGCUCGGCCUCUCCGCCGAACACGGCAGCUUCAUGCGCCACCCUAACACCGCCAACUGGGAGAACCUGACCGAGACUUUCGACAUGAGCUGGCAGUCGAAGGUGCUAGAAGUAUUCGAAUACUACACCAGCAAGACUCCCGGCGCGUUUGUUGAGCGAAAGAAAAUCGCCUUGACGUGGCAUUACCGCCGCGCGGAGCAGGAGAAUGCUAAGGUCAUGGUGCGUGAGUGCCAGAAGAAUUUGGAGCAGACGGUGGCGAAGACGUAUGAUGUGGAGGUUAUGACGGGGAAGGCGAAUUUGGAGGUGAGACCGAGGUUUGUGAACAAGGGGGAGAUUGCGAAGAAAUUGGUCAAGGCUUAUGGGUCGGCGACGCAUCAUAUGCCAGACUUUGUGUUGUGUCUGGGUGAUGACUUUACGGAUGAAGAUAUGUUCCGUUCCCUGAACGCAUCGAAGCUAAACCGCGACCACGUCUUCGCCGUGACGGUCGGCGCAUCGAACAAGCAGACGCUGGCGCAGUGGCAUCUACUUGAACCCGCCGACGUCAUCUCCGCAGUGGCGUUGCUGAACGGGCAGAGCGAUAGCGGAAACGUCGGGGCGAUCGCUGUCGUUGAUGGCGGUGUCCCGGAGUCAAGGUUGUGA